GAAUCUGAGAUUUCGGAAAAUUCGAUCGAUUUGGGGGUUUAGGGUUUUUCUCUGCUAAGAAUCUGAUCAAUGGCGCCGCCUCCAGGUCUUUACUCUGGUACCAGCACUCUUGCUCUGGUGGCUCGUGCUUCGGCUUUCGGGCUGGGUCUCAUCUACGGGAACGUGAAGCUCAAGGCUUUGAAGAUAAAGAAGAAUUCACAGAUUAAAGCAGAAGCCAAGGCUCAUCACUAAACACCAAUCAUCUUUUACUCUCCAUUCAAAAUAAGAAGAUGACUCUCCUCUUCAAAUGUUAGUUGUUGAGUCGUAAGCUAUUUCUCGCUCAGCCUCAGUGACAUUUUUUUUCUUCCAGUUUUUCUUUAUCGUUGACGAAGAAGAACAAAACAUUUUGUCUGAAAACAAUCAUAAUACCAUUUGGUUAUGAACUCGAGUUCCUCUUGGUGCUUUGCUAUUUCAAGAAACACAAUCCUCUUUUUCGUUUACAUAACAUAUUGUGCUUUCCUACUAGUUAAUAACCGAGGCAUUCAUCACUUCGUUUUCUUUAGAUGAUCGUCAUUCAUGUCUUGUUACGUUAUGGAUUUGGACAUGACUAAUACAUCCUCCGAUUUUGC